UACAGUUCACACACACACACACACACACACACACACACAGAGAGAGAGAGAGAGAGAGAGAGAGAGAGGACCACAGCACAGAGGAAGAAAGAUGAAAAUAUUUCAUGACUCCGCCCCCUGUCUUCUCCACCUGCUGCUAUUGGCUGAGCUGUUCGUCCUGUCGUCGUCUCGUCCCGCCCACAGUCUCUCCCUCUGCAGCUUUUUCGGAUCGAUGAUUCAUCAGGUGGACAAGUUGAUAAACUCGUCCAAAAAACUUCACGGCUUGAUGGACGGUGAACUCACAAACUUUGAAGGCGUUGAAAAUCAACUGGACGGCCUCCGUCAUAUCGAGCACACCGUCGAACACUUCAGAGCUUUAGAGGUGAACGAGUCCCUCUCCCAGCUCCUCGUUUACACUCAGUCCUUCAGGCUGCACAUCGAUUGGUUGAAAACAGCCAGAGAAAAUGUCAGUUUGUCCUCCAGGCCAGCAGAGGGCGUCAGCACUCACCUCCUGCAUCUCUCCAACAUCAUCAAAGCUUCUCUUCAGCAGAUCAGUGAGGAGGUUCCCACGUCUCCGUCUCCGUCUCCGUCUGCCUCCCUCCCCGUCGUCUCCUCGGCCUUUGAAGCGCUCCAGUUCUCCGUGGAGAUCUCAGAGAAGCUGCAGGUUUUUGGUCGCUGGUCCAAACGAGUGUUACGCCUCCUGCAGACGCAAUCACGCUGCCCGAGACGUUGAACCUGCGGACCCGGGACUAAAGAAACCCCCUAACAUGAGGUCUGGUCCAACAGCUGCUGAUGAAAGCGGCACAACACGUUUUGGUACAAACAUUCCCGUUCCCCCGAGGAUGAACCUCGCCCACUUUGGUGAUCCUCUGACUUUUAUCUUUGAGGUCACCUUGAGGUCAAAAUGUGUCCCCCCCCCCGACCUCUGAUGUAGCGCCACCUGCAGGUCAAUAAUAAUAAAACAUGUAUCAUCACAUUUUAUAUGCAGCAUUUAAAAAGUGCUGAACGGAUGCACUGUGCGACCUUUGACCUUUCCUCCACUUAUGACUGUUUACAUUGACGUGUUCAUCGAUCGUAUUUUUCUACUGUUGUUUUUUAAAUCUAUUUAGGAAUUUAUUUAUGAGCUUGUUUUAUUUGUU